AUGUUGUUUCUAUUUCAGUUUAAUGUAGAUGACGCUGCUACUAGUGGACGUUCCACCCUGUCCACUGCUCCAGUUGGUCCUGCUACUAGUGGACGUUCCACCCUGUCCACUGCUCCAGUUGGACCUGCUACUAGUGGACGUUCCACCCUGUCCACUGCUCCAGUUGGUCCUGCUACUAGUGGACGUGCCACCCUGUCCACUGCUCCAGUUGGACCUGCUACUAGUGGACGUGCCACCCUGUCUACUGCUCCAGUUGGUUGUGCUACUAGUGGACCUUCCACUCUGUCCACUGCUCCAGACGGCGCUGCUACUAGUGGACAUUCCACCUUGUCCACUGCUCCAGAUGGCGCUGCUACUAGAAGACGUUCCACCCUGUCCACUGCUUCGGUUGGUCCUGCUACUAGUGGACGUUCCACCCUGUCCACUGCUUCAGAUGGCGCUGCUACUAGUGGACGUUCCACCUUGUCCACUGCUCCAGAUGGCGCUGCUACUAGAAGACGUUCCACCCUGUCCACUGCUUCGGUUGGUCCUGCUACUAGUGGACGUUCCACCCUGUCCACUGCUUCAGAUGGCGCUGCUACUAGUGGACGUUCCACCCUGUCCACUGCUCCAGUUGGUCCUGCUACUAGUGGACGUUCCACCCUGUCCACUGCUCCAGAUGGCGCUGCUACUAGUGGACGUGCCACCUUGUCCACUGCUCCAGUUGGUCCUGCUACUAGUGGAAGUUCCACCCUGUCCACUGCUUCAGUUGGUCCUGCUACUAGUCGACCUUCCACGCUGUACACUGCACCAGUUGGUCCUGCUACUAGUGCAGAUUCACCUGCUUUGCAACAGUUGGUCUUCCUUCCAACGGUCCGGAUGGAUGUAAUGAUGCAAGACUUUACGAAGAAUGCGAGCAACGCUGUUCAUAUGAACGGAGACUGGUCUCUGGAGUGGACUCCUAUGUGACAGACAAUAAGCCACCUCGAGAAUCAUUAGUUGCAAUACUACAGCGACUCAAAUGCAGUUUUGAAGAGGAUGAUAAAAUUCAACUCACAGUUGAACGUGACCAGGCUUUGGACACUAUGCUGGAUAUCAUCAUGAAAGCGAUAUUCACACCGAGCACACUCAUUGGAAUUACUUUCCGAGGAGAGGACGGUGUUGACGCAGGAGCAUUACGGUCUUCAUUUUCUGAAGUGGUAAAAUCUCAACUAGGGAAUUUACCAGUGUUCAUUGAACAACCAGAUGGCCUGCAUCUGCAGCUAAAUUAUGAGUCACUUGAAUCGGAGCAAUAUGAAGCUGUUGGCAGGCUUAUUGGCUAUCUACUGGCAGAGGGCAGUGUUCUUCCUAAUGUACUAGCCCCAGUCACCUUUGCUUUACUUGCCUAUAGUGCAAAGAAAGUGAUUUUGUGAUGUCACAGACCACAGCCAGAGGAUGUUGCUAUAUGAGAUCAAUCAGGCCAAUACAAAGCAGCAGUUGUUGCAUGUCAUAGAAGAGCACAGCAUGUUGCUGACAUUGGCAGGUUGUGGCUCUUGCACACUGAACAAGCAGCUGCUAGAAAAGCAUCUGACUCAUUUCUUUGUUGUUGAUUCAAAGCAUCGUGCAUUUGAACAGAUGAGGAAAGGACUGCAGUGGGCGCUGAUAUUAGAAGACAUCAUGGCCAAUCCUAAGAGGAUGGCAGAUGCCCUAGUUUACACACCCACUUCACUGGACGCAUCAUGUCUGCUGGCGUUGAUGGAUGUUCACUUUUCCUCUGACAUUCAGAGGAGGAAGAAGGAGGAAAAAGUCAUGACUGUCUUGGAGAUGUACCUCCAUGACUUAGAAGAAAUCGGACAGCUAGGACAGUUUCUUCAAUUUUUGACGGGGAAAAAGACUCUUCCCCCACUUGGAUUUAAGGCGCCACCCUCUAUCAAGUUCAGGCAUCCUGAAGAUGUACCCAAUGGAGAUCACACUAGGGACUUCCCAAAGGUGUGCGCCUGCUUUCACGUUUUGACGUUGCCUACGGGACACAGGACAACACUGGAGUUGCUGAAAGUGCUGACCAAUACAGUCAGCAUUUGUAGCGACCUGUUCACAGAUGCAUAAAGCAACAUUUUUGCAAUUGCUCUCAGUAAGUUGCUAUCAGUAAGUUGGUCAAGGAAACAGUUAACGGUCACAAUUUAUAGGAUGUGAUAUUAUACAAAUAGAACGUGGUUUGUCGGGAAAUAGUGAAAACUAAUGACCCGGGGUGUUGGAUGAUUAGGACUAUCUCCCUCGGCUUAAUCCAACACCGAGUUCAUAGUAUACACAUAUGGACUGGCUAUGAGGUCACUAUAUAGUGCACAUCUAUGCCCCCGAGGGACUGUGAGUGACCAGAUGAGGGUCCUUUUCCCCCCUAGGCUGAAGGCUGAUGGAUAUAGGACCCUCUUCUGGUCACUCACAGGUCAGAGGGGGCAUGCACUAGUGGCCAAAUUUAGCCAGUCCAUCAUCACAACUCAAACUUGAGAACCACUCAAAAUUGAAAACCAUCCCUGUUAGCUUCCUCAAAUGCUUCACGAGUUUAUUAUGAACAGUCUUGAUUUUGACGUACAUGUAUUGAACUUGCAUUCAGUCAUUAACUCAAAAGCAAUUCUACAUUAAAAAACCCUUUUGGUUUUCCAUGAUCCUUAUGCAGGUUUUUAGGAACACAUACUGUGAGGGCGCUGCAACCAGUCAAAAUUUUUAAGACUAGUACACGACCGGGCACAAGUCUCUGGAAUUUACGUGCGCGUGAUGCCUUGGCUCAUGUCCAAUUCCCGCUGACUCAGUUUCAUGUACUAGCCUAUAUUAGGUGAACCACACGUGAGAGCUAGUAUAUCUCAGCCAACCAGAAUAAAAAACCAGGAGAGAUGUAUUAUAAUUUUCACUAUUUCCAUGCAAAACCAUGUUCUAUUUGUUUUACUAUACCUCAUAAAUAUUUUAGGGUCUUUUUGAUUUCCACCAGUUCUUCCUCGGUCAAAACAACAAACACCGUUGGACAGCAUGUAUGUACACGUUUGCCGCACGGAAGCGCGUGCGUUGACCAAGGGGUGUAGAUAAUACCUCCCUGAUUUUUGCGCAUCAUGCGGGCAUACGAAAACGCGGGGAAAGAGUAAAACUGUCACACGGUUCAGUUGCUGGAAUGGACCAAUGGAAUGCCGCGGCUACAUGAUGAAUAUUUAUGAGGUAUAGUAAUAUUGUUUAUUUCACCUACUGCAUAAUGUGAAUGCCAGCAUGCACUUGUAACUAGUCCUUGCAAAAAUAAGCUUCCUGAAAAACAAAAUCCUAUUCCACUCUUGGUAGCAGACCAUUAUGGAAAAAGAAAUGAAGAAAUGGACUUCUGUCUGUCUGCAACAGAUUUGUUUUUUUUUUGCAUCCUUCUGCAAUAUUUGCUAGCUUAACUAAUUUCAAAUAACGUACCUACAAUUUUAUGAUUAUCAAACGAUACUUUUGUUUAAUAACAUUUGAGAUAGUAACAUGUCACACUUCCUUCAAAAGUUAACCCUAGCUCCAAAGGGUGUGUGAAAAAUUGUGUGAAAAUUGGAGGACACAGGACUGUUAGGGUUAAUGCAUACACAUAAUGCAUAAGAAAGGCUACGUCCAAAAUAAUAUAAAUAGCAUAAUUAUUCUUCUGGUGAGGAUUGGCAGACCCCUCAAAAUAUAAACAAAAAUCACUUAUUUGGUAUAAGAUCACUUACAUGUAAUGACACGAUUAUGAUGUUAUCUCAGGUUUCACAUAUCAGAUAUAAGGGCUUAAAGUACAAAUCUUAUAAUGACAUCACAUACCCCUUUAUUACAUCAUCGUAAGCAUAAUUCGUGUUGCAGAUUCUUCACUAGGGCUCCUAGACUGUAGCAAGUUUGAAGCCUAUUGAGAGAAUAUUUGGAUGGAUUGAUUUUUGUUAAAGGAUAUUCAGCAAUAAUUAUCUUGUUUUAUAUAUUCAUGCAUCCUGUUACGUGUAACCACAGUUACAUAAAAUUUGCUGAAAUUUGUUUAAGAAAAUGUUUUUGUACAAAACUAUUUCCACAAGAGUACUGCAUUUUUCAGGCUUACGUAGUACAUAAUUGUGAAAGUAAUUCAGUUGUUCUAGACAAUUUUUAUUCAAAACAAGCCUUCCAUCAGCUUGUUAAUGUCAGACGUUCAGUAGGUCCCGUUUCUAUGAGACCUUAUUAGUUGGUGUACUAAUGUUACGUGUCCAUAGGUAAUUGGAGACUGUUUUAUAUGCAUUUCAAGUCAUAUGAUCGUUUCAUGAUCAGAUGAAAUGCUUCACCUAGGAUACAGAAAUUUAAAUAUUGUGUGUUGGGUUAGUUUACUGGACUCUUUCUCCUUGCAAUACCCCCAUGCAUACAAAAGGGGUUGGUAUGAAAUUUCAGCUUUUUAACAAAUUAAAACGUGUGUUAGACUUCAGCUUGUAUCCUCAAUUUCUAUGUACAAAGCCAAGUGAUUUGCAGAGUUCAGUGUUUUUAAGGAUUUCAAACUGGUUUCAGCUGUUUAUCAUGAGUCACUCACAUGGGAAGAUCAAGCCUUUUCCUUAAUACUUGUAUUCAUAUUUAAAAUUUCACAAAAGAACUCCUCAAUAUUGAGGUGCACUUGGUGGUUGUUGGAGGAUCUAUUGAGGACUGAGGGAAGUGUCCUUGUCCCGACUUCCAUUUGGAAGCUUUUUUUUUUUUUUAGAGAUUCCUCUUAACUUGAUGAAAGGCUCAAAUUUUUAAAAUUUGAUUGCUUGUAACAGUAUUAUAAAUCAGUUAAGAGAUAAAAGUCUUGGUUGGUUUUAAACAAAGUUUCCAGCGGCACAUGUAAUUUUGAAUUCCUAGAAUUCCCUUUCCAGCGCAAGCACAUUUUCAUUGUUUAAUGCGCAAAGUCGUCACAUAAGCAUGCACAAUACUAUACUAUGCGAGGCAGUACUUCCUUGUCCUCAAUUCCCAUCACACUGGUACACCUGCCUGUCGCAUGACGCUGCGCCACAUGUGUUGCGAAGGGGUCCAUUGUGUUAUGCACACCGGAGAGGGCAAUUCGCCUCGGGUGCCAUAUUUCCCCAAGAGUGUUCAAAACACACGGGCCCCAAUCACGACAAGCAACAAUUUUUUUUUAUACCACGGCAAUAGAUUCCAAUCAUCUGAAAUUGAGGGUUUCCUUCAAUUUCUCGCAGAAGUAUUCAAUAAGGAGGACAACUUCUGCACCGUGAAAAAUCGCACAGAAGUUUUUGAAAUUUAUUUCAGAAUAGACUAGUCCAUUCAGCCCUAACCACCAAUUACAGCUGAUCAAAGCGUAUACGCCCGCAUUUAGUACAAGCGUGCUCUAUACGCGAGUACAGCCAGGUGACAUUACUGAUGUACAUGUACUAGGCGCGCUGGUGAACAUGAAUUUUUGUGGCCCGCUACAUGAUUGGUUCUCGACCAAUAAAAACACAGGAUCCAUUACCGUGGUACAAUAGGAGUUGUUUAUCAGCUAUAGGCCCUUUUGUUGAAGGAACACAUUACACAAACACGUUUUGAUUUUCUACUUUUAAAGGUAUUUAUGAAUGGGAAUUAAGGUGUACUUGGUAUAUAAAAACAGUGUUUAAAACAGCUGAAGUCUGGCCUCUGGCUUGGGUAGUUAUCUGGCUUGGGUAGUUAUCAGCAUCAAGACUUAAACAUGUUCAUGUAUUAAACAGACAAUUUAGAAACUCCAAAACACACAUUUAUUCCUUUAAUAAAAAAGAGACUUGUGGAAAUGAGAGAUGACUGUAUCACAUAUGUACCAACAACUUGAAACGUUGCACAUAAUUUAUUUCAUAUACCCGUGAAAGAUUAAUCCUUAUUAAUUUUAUGUUGUCUUUCAAGUUGCAAAUAAAAGUGCCGUCCAUGAAGUGAAAUUCCGAAUAAAUAUUAUUGUUAGUCCUCAUAAUUCA